UUUAGCAACCAUGAAUCAUCAUUACAAUCAGCAAGAUCCUCCGGGGUCAUAUCCUUCACCGAUGAUGGCAUAUCCGUUGCUGCCGACUGGGAGUGCACUCCCGCCAAUGGGGUAUCCUUCCAAGGAUAAUCUUUCUUGGGACCCAAAACAGAGUGUUCCGCAACAGACCAUGAGUAGGGGUGAUGGUUUUUGGGAGGGAUGUUGUGCUGUUUUCUGCUGUUGUUGCAUCUUGGAUUACUGCUUUUGAUUGUUUUGUUCUUGUUA